CAACUCUUUGUUGACAUUUUAAUUCCACUUAACGCCAUGGGUCAUCUCAUUACAGUUGCAACAUGCUCGCUCAACCAGUGGGCUCUGGACUUCAAAGGAAACGUUGCUAGGAUACUUGAAAGUAUCCGGGUAGCAAAGGAGCGUGGCGCCACACUACGUAUCGGCCCAGAGCUGGAGAUCACUGGGUACGGGUGUGCAGAUCACUUCUUAGAAGGGGACACAUAUUUGCAUUCAUGGGAAGCCCUUGGUCAGAUCUUGAGCUCUAAAGAAGCGAAAGAGAUACUCUUGGAUAUCGGCAUGCCAGUUAUUCAUAAGAAUGUAAAGUACAAUUGCAGGAUUCUCAUCUUUAACUGUAAAAUUCUGCUGAUCAGACCCAAGAUGUUUAUGGCAAACGAUGGAAACUACCGAGAGUUACGCUGGUUUACACCUUGGGCCAAACGCCACAUCACUGAAGAGCACUAUCUGCCUCGAAUGAUCCAAAAGAUUACUGGCCAAGUCACCGUUCCAAUGGGUGAUGCUGUCAUCGCAACGUACGAUUCGUGUAUUGGCGUAGAAGUGUGCGAGGAGAUGUUCACCCCUAAUAGCCCUCAUAUUGGACUCUCUCUGGAUGGAGUCGAGAUCAUCAUCAAUAGUAGUAGCAGUCAUCAUGAGCUGCGUAAGCUACGUAGACGCAUCGAUCUUAUUAGAGAAGCUACUUUAAAGUGUGGAGGGAUUUACCUGUAUUCUAACCAACGGGGAUGUGAUGGUGACCGUAUCUAUUAUGACGGAUGUGCUAUGAUCAUCGUCAAUGGAGAAGUAGUUGCUCAAGGAACUCAGUUCUCAAUUGGAGAUGUAGAAGUCGUUACAGCUACAAUUGAUCUAGAGGAUGUGCGCACCUUCAGAUCCAGCUCUAGUAGGGGGAUCCAAGCCUCCACCACCCCUAGCUUUAAGAGAAUCGGAGCUAAUAUGGCAUUAUCCGACGGGCAUCUUGAGGGUAACCCUGCCAUUCAACCAACCACUGUUAAAACUAUCUUUUAUCACACUCCCGAAGAAGAGAUUAGCUUGGGCCCUGCCUGUUGGUUAUGGGAUUAUCUUCGCCGUUCCAAGGCCAGUGGGUUUUUCCUUCCGCUUAGUGGAGGCAUCGACAGCUGUGCGACAGCUACUAUUGUUGCAUCCAUGUGUCGCCUUGUUGUCAAGUCGUGCGCCAAAGGAGAUCAACAAACGAUUGCGGACGCAAGGCAGGUGACUGGGGAAAGUGCUGAGCACGGUUACAUCCCCAAAGAUCCUCAGGAGUUUGCAAGUCGUAUCUUCCAUACUUGCUAUAUGGGAACGAAGAACUCAUCCGAUGAGACCAGAAAAAGAGCUAAACAGCUGGCUGAAACCAUUGGGAGCUACCAUAUAGAUCUUAACAUGGACACUGUCGUCACAGCGCUUCAGGUUCUCUUUACUCUAGUGACAGGCAAAACUCCUGCUUUCCGUGCACACGGUGGAUCAAAUGUCGAGAAUCUAGCCCUGCAGAACAUCCAGGCAAGAAUCCGCAUGGUCCUCGCCUAUCUAUUGGCACAGCUGUUACCGUGGGUUCGUGGUCGCAAUGGAUCCUUACUUGUACUUGGAAGUGCAAAUGUGGAUGAAUGCUUACGAGGUUACUUCACCAAAUACGAUUGCUCUAGUGCAGACAUCAAUCCCGUCGGUGGUAUUGGCAAAUCAGACUUGCGUCGGUUUAUUGCCUAUGCUGAACUGGCUUUCGAGAUGCCCAUUCUUGCAGAUUUCUUGGCUGCAACCCCUACUGCAGAGCUAGAACCAAUUACAGAGACUUAUGCCCAGGAGGAUGAAGCUGACAUGGGUAUGACUUAUGAUGAAUUAACGGAAUUUGGUCGUCUGCGCAAGGUGGACAAAUGUGGACCAUACAGUAUGUUUACGAAGUUGGUGCAUCUUUGGAACGAUAAGAUGGAAGUUGCCGAGGUUGCAGCCAAAGUCAAGCGCUUUUUCUUCUACUAUUCAAUCAACCGCCAUAAAAUGACAACAUUGACCCCAGCAUACCAUGCAGAGUCUUAUAGCCCAGAUGAUAACCGAUUCGAUCUACGACCAUUCCUAUAUAACACUUCAUGGUCAUGGCAAUUUGAUACGAUUGACAAGACAGUUCGGGCGUUUGAACGAGAAAACAAUUUAAAAAAGUAACAAAUGGAAUCAUUCCAUAAUGUCUAGAUGUUUAGAAUGAUUCAUGCCUAUUGAGUCUCAAUAAUAGAUGUGAUAUCUAUAUCAGAGGUAAACCCACUCUUUUAUGCUGUCUCGAGUUGGUUACGGAUGGGUAUGAUGAAACAAUAGCAAGUAUAGAAAACUGCUACAAUAAAACAAUAAAACAAAAAGCUA